AAUAAAGCUGGUUUCAAAGCCGCCAUUCCCCAUUGUACCGCAGAAGAAGACGAACGUAGCUCAUCCAUUUUAUUUUAGCGAAAGGAAAUUCGUUUUUCAGCGUUAACUACAAUGCAAAGGAAAUAUCAAUUAUUUUUCACUAACGUUAGCCAGCCUCUGAAGACUAGUUAGAGCCAGGGAACUUAUGGCAACCAUUGCUGUGUGCUCACUAAAGAUCUUAUCUCCUUGCAUCCGAGCUAUGUCACCUAACUAGCUAUAGCAAAUAUAAGACUAGACUGAAUUUUAUCGGUGCAACUUCGCUUCAUUGCUUAUCUAAGCAGCUAGUACUAACGUUAACUAAUUAACUGAACUUGAUUUGGUCAUAUACGUUCGUCAAAGUUAGAUUCCUAACUAUACCGUUCGUGUUUUGUUCCUUCACUGCGAUUGCUGGCGAGAAAGUUUGAUCUAGCUAUUUGAAAACGAUUCACGAUGAAAAUCAGUUCAUCGGUUUUUGCCUCUUUCUGCCUUAUGAUUGAAAUAUCUGGCAUUGCAUUAUUCCUAAGAGGAUUUUUCCCUGCUCCCAUAAAGUCAUCUUUUUCAUCCAAGACGAAACUUUCAGAUCUUCCGGCUGAACCACUGACAGGUAAUAAUCCCAACUCCUCAACAAUCCUGGUGCCUCUCUUUCAUAGAGUGGUGAUUGUACUGAUAGAUGCUCUGAGGGAAGAUUUUGUGUUUGGGGCUAAAGGGCGGCAGUACAUGCCAUACACUCAACAUCUAGUGGAGUGGGGCUCCUCUCACAGCUUUGUGGCCAAGGCUCGGGCCCCCACCGUCACCAUGCCUCGUAUCAAGGCACUGACCACUGGCAGCAUCCCUGGCUUCAUUGAUGUGGUUAUGAACCUGAACUCACCCGUUUUGUUGGAAGACAAUCUUCUCUGGCAGGCCAAGGCUAUAGGAAAGAGGAUCAUCUUCUAUGGAGACGACACUUGGAUCAGACUAUUCCCAAAGCACUUCAUGGAGUAUGAUGGCACAACCUCGUUUUUUGUGUCGGACUACACAGAGGUUGACAACAAUGUGACACGUCAUCUGGACAGCACCUUGAAGAGAGAUGACUGGGACAUCCUGAUCCUGCACUACCUGGGCCUGGACCACAUUGGCCACUUGAGUGGCCCACACAGCUCCCUCAUUGGCCCCAAACUUCUUGAGAUGGAUGACAUACUUAGGAAGAUUCACUCCUCCCUAACCUCCCAGGAGACUGAAGGGAGUUUGCCCAACCUGUUGGUACUGUGUGGGGACCAUGGGAUGUCUGAGACAGGGAGCCACGGGGGGUCAUCUGAUCCUGAAAUAAACACCCCACUCGUGCUGAUCAGCUCUGCCUUCAAGAGGAAGGUGGGCAUGGACAAUCCUGGGACCGUGGAGCAGGUGGAUGUGUUGCCCACAUUGGCUCUUGGCCUUGGUCUGCCCAUCUCCCAGAACAAUGUAGGAUGCCUCAUCUCGCCUGUGUUCGAACACACCUCACUCCGGGACCAGCUUCGCUUCAUGCACCUUAACAGCUUCCAGCUGAUCUGCCUUCUUAAGGAUAGCACACCCAACUUCCAGAAAGAGGAAGGCUAUGAACAGUUCCACUUUGCAGAGAAAUCGCAUGGGAACUGGAUUAAACUUUACCUGGAGGGGAACACAUCAGAGGUGCUGAGUAACUUGGGGAGGAAGGUUCUGAGACAGUACGUGGAUGCUCUGAAGGCCUUGAGUUCUGCCCUCAGCAAGCAGCUGGGGAAGUAUGACAUGUACUCCAUGAUUGUGGGGAUGGUCUUGGUCCUGCAGGUGCUAAUGGCUCUUCUUCUGGCCAUGCCAGAAGCCCUGAGUCGUGGGGCAGAGGUGGAGAUCCCACUGACCUCCACCCUACUCUCCCUGCCCUUCUACAUGCUCUGGCUCCUGUGCUGCUCCAUCCAUGUGCUGGUGUGCACCUCAGCCGGGAGCUCCUGCUACCUGUGCAAUUUGUCCUGGAUUCCGGCACUGGCUGCCAUCACCACCUUCUCUGCCAUGUUGUGUGUGCUUCUGUCAAUGGCUGGCAGAAAGCUUGCCUCAGGAGCAAAGACUGGCACCAAGAACGUGAAUGGCUCUGGGUUCUCAGAGCUGGAUGUGCUACUUCUGAUAGGGACACUGGGUAAUGUGAUCAGCCUGGGCUCCAGCAGCUUCAUUGAGGAGGAACACCAGACCUGGUACUUCAUGAUUAACACACUUUGUCUGGUCAUCUUCCAAGAUGUCUGCUGCAAGUAUUUUCGGGAGAGGAGGAACUCCAGUGAUGACGACUCUUACUUAGCCUCCAAACAAGAUCUCCCCUCCUUGCUGUCUCCCAUAUCAGAGCAGGGCAUUGGCUCCCAUAAAUGGUUGGCACUAUCUACACCCCUGCUGACCUUAGCCUGCUGCCGCCUCCUGCGGUCUCUCAACCAGACUGGGGUGCAGUGGAUGCACCUGCCUGACCUGAGCCAUUGGCUCAACAGGUGGGAACACAAGGCAGAGCUCUCCCUACUUUCUGCUGCCUCAUUGCUCCUCAUCUUCUUCUUCGUACAGAAAUGCUGUUCUCUGGUUUCCAAGAUUGCUCUGGCUCUUGGUCUGCUUGGUGUGUACAGCUAUCGGGCAGCUGUGGGCAAUGUGCUGUUCCCAUGGCAACUGGGCAGCCGAGAUAUCUCAAAAGAGACCAGCAAAGAUGUGUGCAGACAAGAGACACCAGCAACAAGCAAGCACGGGAACGUGAAACCUGACACCACAAUAUUUUGAAUAAAAAUUAGUUGUUACUUUUGUAUUCGAUGGUUUUUACUGGCAGAUGUCAAAGAAAAUAUGUGUAUUCAUGCGUUUCUUCACAAAAAAACCCCAAGCAGCAGGUCUUCAUACCCGGUCAGGUGUGAAUGUGUCACUCUCUCCUCUGGCAUGCUAUUGAGCAACUGAAUGACUGACCCUAUUUGCUGAAAUUGUUUUACGCAUAUAAUCUCACAAAAUUAAUUCAUUGCAAUCUUGUGAUUAAGUUGAUAAAGACUUUAAAGGGUGAAUAAAUAACUGUGGGCCUUGUAGUUAUGGAAAUGAUUUAGAACUCUGUGGACAUACUGUAACACCUCUGACAUAUUUUCAGGUUUUCACUCAAAUUUAGACUUGAAAUUAACCGAAUAGACUAGAAGACAACUGCUGAAAUGUAACCAAUUUGUUUACAGUCCCCGCUUGUUAUGACUGAAGAAAUAGCUUUUAAAAAUACUGUACUUAGUAAUUCUUUAAAUUUUUUUCCAUUUUCUGUUCUGUCAUGUUUUGCACAUUUUAGCGCUUUUCUCAGUGUGUCGGUAAUAUGCCUUGAUACAUUUUUCCCUCAGCCUAUAUAACAAAACCACUAUAAUUUAGAAAUACAACUGUUGGAAUUGAUUCAGUUGUGCCUUUUAUUACAAGAAAAUAGUUUUCCCACAAAUGUUUUUGUAAUAUUUAUGAAAUUAGGUCGCUGUAGGCACAGAAAUCAAUGUUGGACGGUAAUAGGAAGUAAUAAAAGCUGUUAUAUUGAACAUUCAUGUAGAAACCCAUUUGAACAAUUUUUUAUGUUCUAUUUUCUCCAAAAUUUUCCAGAAAGAAAGUUUAAUAAUCCGAACUAAAUUUCAUUUAGAGACCUCCAUUCACCCUGCACCACGCAGGUUCCUUUUGUUGCGGAAAUGAGCAAUUGGAGGCAUAAAUCAAACUGUCUUUCAUCAAUGACAUUGAUGAAGAGUGUUAGCUAUAUCAAGACAUCUAUUGCUUGAAGAGACACAGACAUCAAGUAGUGUAGUGCUCAUAUCUAAUUAAGAAAAACGGAUAGCUUGCUAAAAUUCUGGGAUUCAAAAUUCAUAACAAUAUGAAUGGAAAAUGACAAUGUAAACUGUUCUAAAUUUUAAGUCAUUCUGUCAGACUUAGCCUAUAUUAUUGUUUGUUUGAAUAAAAAUGUCCAAAAGUUCACAUAAUUCCUGAAAAGUACAUGCAAACAUUUUUAUUAGUUAACUAGCUGGCAGGCAUUCACUAUCACAAGGAGCAGUUAAUUUGUUUUACGGCCACCUUCAUUUCCCUUAUGUUUCUCAAACAGUCCCUUAUUAAUCUCCGCCUCAGUGUCGCUGGAUUAACAUUAUUGACCAGACACCACUCUUGGGGAAAAAGUUUAGCGCUGCUCUCAAAGCCAAAUAUCUCUGCAGCUGCAGCAGAACUACCAUCAGCAUGCCACUGCUGUAACCACUGCUUAAAUCCUACAACUGACUCUGUUGAAGCAGCCUGGAUAGUGUAUCGAAAUGGUUGACUUGUCUUGGUGCUGCUUUGAACCUUUUGGUUUUAAAAAGGUUACAAACUAGAUUGCGGUUUUUAACCGAACGUUCUACCGGCAGUGUAAUCACAACAGCAAUUCCACAUACAAACAUAAAACAAAAUUGGUAUCUGGGCUGAAUUUAACAGGUCAAUUAACAAAAUUUGAGUAGAUACAGCUAUUAAAUUGUUUCGAAAGUGCAUUGACAGUUCAAUGAUGUUACUUUUUCACUUUUGAAGUCAGAAAAUAUUAUGCUGUUUACGAGCAUUUGUGGCUAUACUGUAUGCUGGCCAAUAUCAAUGGUUAUAAAAAAUUAAAUCACAUUGAAGGCAUUAUUACACAUUUUAUAACAAGAAAAACUCACUGUGAAAUGUUCUCGAUGUUAAUCAGUUAUUAACUUAUUAACCUAGUUCAAACUACAAGAUUUUACAUGUAACCUUGAUCUUCACCGAUAUCUUGCUUACAGUGUGGUAGCUAUAAAGCAUUUUAGUUAGUGUUUUUUUUAUUAAGGUGAAAUGUCUCCGACAUAUCACUUUUUAAUUUCAAUUCCCGACCUGCUGCCAGUGUGCGAUGAUGCAUAUCGCUCCAAUGAGAGUGAUUACAGGGAAGAGGGAAGUAUGGGGUGCAGUUUCGGAAGAAACAAAAUCCAUAGGCUAUAGUGUAAAAAUGUAUCGGUUGCUUGGCAUAAAUAUUUGUUUGAUAUAGUAUGCAUUGGUUUGUCAUUUAUGCAUACAUCGCACAUUGGUGUGUUGUUUACAUAUGUAUUGGUUUGACAUUUAAGCUUGUAUAUUGAUUUGUUAUUGAUUGAUUGUCACGAACAUCGGUUUGAUUUGCAUAUAUAUUGGUUUGCUAUGAGCAUGCGCUGGUUAGUCAUUCAUGCAUAUAGGUUUUCUAUUUGCAUAUCUAUUGGUUUGAUUGUCAUGUAGGCUAUAUUGGUUUGCUUCACAUUUAUUUGGUUUGCUAUUCGCAUGUAUUGGUUUGCGCAUAUAUUGGUUUAUUUAUACAUGUGAAUAGCAAACCAGUAUAUAAAUGUGAAGCAAAACAAUAUAAAUGACAAUCAAACCAAUAGAUAUGCAAAUAUAAAACCAAUAUGUGUGUGAAUGACUAAACAAUACAUGCGAAUAGCAAACCAAUGUAAAUGUGAAGUAAAGCAAUAUACAUGAAACCAAUAGAUGUGUAAAUACAAAAUUAAUAUAUGCGUGAAUGACAAUCAAACCAAUAGAUGUGUAAAUACCAAAACAAUAUAUGAGCAACAAUUACAAAUCAAUAUUUGAGUGAAUGACUAACCAAUAGGCUAUGUGCAUCUACCAAACCAAUGUCUAUGUGAAGUAAACCAAUAUUGAUGACAAUCAAACCAAUAGAUGUGUAAAUACAAAACAUAUAUAUGUGUGAAUGGCUAACCAAUGCAUGCUUAUCGCAAACCAAUAUAUAUGUGAAGCAAACCAAUGUUUAUGACAAACCAAUAAAUGCGUCAAUAACAAACCAAUAGCUAUACAAGCAUAAAUGUCAAACCAAUAUAUACGUAAACAACAAAGCAAUAUAAACACAAAUUAUUAAUCCAUACAUGCGUAGCCUAUAUCAAACCAAUAUGCAAGUGAAGCAAACCAGCAUGCAUGACAAUCAAACCAAUAGACGCAAUUACAAACCGAUGUAUGCAUAAAUGACAAACCAAUAAUAGCGCCAGUGACAAUAAUAGCGUCAAUGAAAAAUCAAUAGCCUACAUACCAUAUCAAACCAAUAUGCCAAGUAACCAAUGCAUUUUUACACUGUAUGGAUUAUUUUUUCCUGAACAGUGCCCCGUACAUUUCUGUGGAUAAAUUUGUAUUUUUUUCCUGUUAAAAAGAUUUAAUACAUAUCCAGGGAGAUAGCCAACUACUUGCAAGUUAGAUGACAUGUGUAGCCUUUUACUAGUACGAUCGCAUUUCAGGCUGGAAGCUGACAGCAUCAGCAUAGCGACAGAGCGCAAUUAAGUCCCGCCCACACCGGAGGGGAAAACAAUUCAUCGCUCUCCAUUGACUUUGUAUUGCGUGAAGGUGCCUCCUUGUCACUUUCAUCUGCUAGCAAACAACAGAAAAAAGCUGUUGUGUGGUGAGGUGCACUACCAACUGGGUAAAGAACCCAGAACUAAGUUUUUAUAAGCUGCCAAACCGAAAAACCUGUCCUAACAUUGGAGUCUAGUGGCCUGUCAGCUAACAAGCUAACAAGCUAGCUACAGGCUACAGUACGUUACUGUCAUUCGAAAAAAGGAGUUAGCUAGCGACAUUGUUUCAACAAGCUUGUAGAUGGCUAAGAAGGGGAAGCUAAAAUGAUAUCUACUUAGCUAGCGUAAAUACAAUUGCAGGUAAUAAGUAGCUAACGUUAGCUAAGUUCUAGCUGCCAAGUUUAAACUACGGUUAAUUUCUGCAUCAGUUUCACCAGAAGCCCCCCGAGCCAAAGGCAAAUACCGUUUUUCAGAGACCGUUAUAACGUUGUCGCUACAUUGAAGUAACAAGCUAUGGUUAGACUAACGCAGGUAAACAUAGGGUGCUAAAAUAAUCCUUUGACAUGCUUAAAUCUAAUGUUUUUAGCUAGCUACAGGCAUUUUGUUAGCGUUUCAGCCCUUGGUUGCAUAUUGUGAUCAUCGUGAGCUCCCGCGGUUUUAGUAUUUGAUUUUAUUUUAUAUCGUUUUUAUUUUAUUUUAUUUUAUAUUGUUCUUAUAGUUUUCUUGCGUUUUAUUGUUUUACUGUUUCAUACUUUCAUAUUGUCUGCUCUCGCUGGAUUUAUCCAUUUCUGGAACUUCAGUGGAAAUCUCCAUUAUAGCCGCCGUGUCUGGAUUCAACCUUUUAAAGAUAAAGAAAAAAAGCAGAAGCAGGGUCGAGUUACGGAGACGGAUAGCGGAGCGGUGAAGCCGACACCUGUGUAAAUCGAGGCCGCCACUGGCUUGCUACCUGAGAGAGUCACUUGAUAUAUAAUAUUAAUAAAGUAAAUAAAGGACUCUAACCCACUAUUUCUCCACUCACCUCUCUGCCGGCUUGUGAGAUCGCCCCGGGAUCAGAAAAUCACCGAAUUGGAUGGAAGAAUAUCAGUGCUUCACCAGAUAAAGGAUGACGAGCUCCUCCUCGACUCGAUUGCCCCGGGCCCUGCAACCGCCGCCACUGCUGGUGAACUGGAUAGCACUGUGCCUUGGCUUCCACUUAGCUAAUUCCACUGCUUCAUGUCCUGAGGCUGCUCCUAUCCAGUCCCACGACUUGUGGUCCGACCUGGGCGCUAGAAUGAAAGUUUUGGCUGGCUCAACUCCCAGCCAAGCGGUGCCCUGGUCCGUGGUCUCUGGGGGAAAGUGUAGUGGUAAGCGCCUCUCUCACCCAUCUUCACCAAAACUCAUCCCGCUGGCAAACAGAUUUAACAUCUUGGACUUGCAGGAUUUCCCCUCUUUGGCUGGCCAGACCCAGCGUUCCUUUCCUUCCGCUUCUGGGGCUAAUCUGUCUGUAGCCGGGAUAUUUCCACCGUAUGUCCAUAGUUCAUCGCACCGAGCCGCUGGCUCAACCUCCUGGGCGCAAACCUAGGGCUAAGGAUAGCCCCCCGGGUCCAUCCACCACCGGAGACUCUCAGGCCGACUCGAGCCCUCAGUUGUCUCCACCCCUCAGCGGUCCCAGUCCUCGGGCUGAUCCUACGACGGUCAUUAUCGGGGACUCCAUUAUUAGGAAUGUAAAAACACAAUCCUCCACAGCUUUCUGUUGCCCCGGCUGCACUGUCAACGAUAUGUCUGCUAAAAUCUGUGACGUACUGAGAGCAAACCCCUCCGGGAACACACUAGUAGUUCAUGCGGGUAUGAAUACACAUCUUUUGAAUAUCACUCCAUUAUUUUUAGCAGCCCUCCUAUACUGUGUAUGAUAGUUUACAGGCCACCCAAAUGAUGCUCUUCUUUUAUUUCAGAUUUUUCAGAAGUACUCUCAAUUAUACACACCAAUUAUGACAGAAUUAUUAUUUUAGGCGAUUUUAACUUGCACAUAUACAAUCAAUCAGACUCUUCUGCUUUGGAAUUUUUAAAUUUGUUGAACUGUAUGAAUUUUAUCCAACAUGUUAAUCAACCUACUGAUAACAAAGGCCACAUGUUAGAUCAUUUAAUAACCCAUGGCCUCUGUCUGCUAAUAUCUCUUCAGCUGUGGAUGUAGGCAUCUCCGAUCAAUUCUGUGUCUUUUUUUACUGUCAAUGGUUUUAUACAACGGGAUAUUCCAGAACGAACUGUCAGGAAGCACUAUCUUACUACGGAAGUGGCUGCAACUUUUAUUGACCUUUUACGUGACACUGCUGCAGACAUUUUACCGUCUUCUUGUGAUUUUAUUAUAGAUAGUUUUAACAGUAAAUUAAGGUCAACCCUUGACACAGUGGCCCCACUAAAACUGAAAAAGAUUACUUCUAUUCUGGCACCUCCAUGGAGAAAUGAGGAAACUAAACAAU